CUACCCACCUUUUACCAUUUUGACGACUCACUCGUCUCACACACUGCCUUAUAAGGUCUGCCUUCCUUCUUCCUUCUUUGUUUUUGUUGCUCACCAUCUCUCUCUGUCUUCUGCUCCAACCACAACUAGCUAUGGCUGCUACGGGUGAAACGGUGAUGGUCGAUGAAAUCUCUUAUCCUUCCAAGAUCACUACUGCCAAGCCCCUUUCUCUGCUCGGUCACGGGAUCACGGACAUGGAGAUUCAUUUCCUCCAAGUGAAGUUCUACUCGAUCGGAGUUUAUUUCGAGCCGGACAUAGUGAAUCACUUGCAGCAAUGGAAAGGUAAACCCGCAAAGGAGCUGGAAGACAGCGAUGAUUUCUUCGCCUGUCUCAUCUCUGCCCCGGUGGAGAAAUUUAUCAGAAUAGUGGUGAUCAAGGAGAUCAAGGGUUCUCAGUAUGGAACACAGAUAGAGACGGCGGUGAGGGAUCGAUUGGCAGCAGAGGACAAGUAUGAGGAGGAGGAGGAGGAAGCUCUGGAAAAAGUCGUCGAGUUUUUUCAGUCCAAAUACUUCAAGAAACACUCUGUCAUCACCUAUUAUUUCCCAGCAAAUUCUCCAACAGCUGAGAUCGUGGUGUCGUUGGAGGGGAAGGAAGACUCCAAGUUUGUGGUAGAGAAUGCCAAUGUGGUGGAUGCGAUCAAGAGGUGGUACCUGGGUGGCUCGAGCGCUGUGUCCCCGUCAACCACCACAUCUUUGGCCACCACUUUUUCAGCCGAGUUGUCCAAGUGAACUCCCGAUUUGUGCUGCGAGAUGUACUCAAUGACCCUUUCCCCGCCAUUUCUGUCCUUCUAUGCCCUUUCCCCCUGCAAUUCUGAAUAAUGUUAAUCUUAUGACACUUCGAUGAGUUUUGUUCGCUUCUUGAAUGGUUGGUAAAGCAUGAUAGUAUUUUAUGCAGUUGCCAUGACAAACCCUUGCUUAGGUCUGUGUGAGUUUCAAUUCUAUCACCUACCACGUUGUUCUGCAAACACAUAUAUCCGUCUUCAUAAAUAUACUACUUGCACCGUUUUAUUGUCUCA